AUGUCAGGUAGCUGCAACGAUAUUAAUGUGCUUCAUCGAUCCCCUGUGUUCGAAGACGUCUUAGAGGGUCGGACACCUCCUGUCAACUUCGUAGUCAAUGGUCAUCAUUAUACGAAUGGGUAUUAUCUUACUGAUGGAAUCUACCCUAGAUGGGCUUCUUUUGUGAAAUCCAUUACGAGUCCACAAACUCAUAAGGAUCGUUUAUUCGCAAAACACCAGGAAGCUGCAAGAAAAGACGUUGAACGUGCAUUUGGGGUCCUUCAAGCUCGUUUUGCCAUUAUUAAAAAGCCGUCUUUGGCGUGGGAUACCGACAUACUCCACAAUAUCAUGCUCGCCUGCAUCAUAAUACAUAAUAUGAUCGUUGAAGAUGAACGAGAGACGUAUCAAAAUAACGUUAAUACCAAUGAGUUUAUGAAUGCUGGAAGGAACGCUAAUGAGGACACUACCGAGUACCGUACUGAUCGUAUUGUGGAUAUCGGCUUAUACUUGUCUCGUAGAACAGAGAUUGAGGAUCAACAGACUCAUUUGCAGCUAAAAAAACGACUUGGUCGAACAUAUAUGGAAUAA